CUAUAUCCCAAGGAAAGGAGUAAAGGAUGGUUAGAAGAAAGUGUGCUGUGAUCGUUUUAAGAGAGAGACAGGGACUAGUGGUUACAUUUUGAGUGAGCGUAUUUUCUCAGCAACAGUACAGACUUGCAUGACAACUCCUCCUUAGGACAUAAGUAAAUUCGCUAGCCACUUGUAGUAACUUAGAUAGGAAACUUUAAAGUAAACGCAGCACUGCGAUAGCUAGUAACAAGAUUUGUAUUCCCUUUUUAUUUGAACCACAUAACACGUUUUAAAUGCAACGCUGUUUGAUAUAUGAGAAAACUAUGGCAGCCGAGACGAGGAACGGCGGGAGUUCACUGAACAACAAUAACUGCAAAGACCACAGCAGGAGAAAGUUACUGGUCGGAGUGGAUCUCUUCUGCUUGUUUUUAGCCGGCCUGCCUUUCUUGGUCAUUGAGACCAGCGCAGUUCAGCCUUACCGUAGAGGGUUUUACUGCGAUGAUGAGUCCAUCAAGUACCCGGCCAAAAAUGGAGACACCAUUAGCGACGGUGUGCUUAGCGCUGCUGGCAUUCUUAUCACCAUCCUCUCUAUCAUCAUUGGGGACAGCUACAGGAUCUACUUUCUGAACGAGGGAUCCAAGUCUUUUGUAGGAAACCCCUACAUUUCUGCUCUCUACAAGCAGGUGGGCGUGUUCGUCUUCGGCUGUGCCAUCAGCCAGUCCUUCACUGACAUUGCCAAAGUGUCAGUGGGCCGCAUGCGCCCUCACUUCCUUGAUGUGUGCAAACCUGACUUCUCCACUAUCAACUGCUCCCUGGGCUACAUCACUGACUACCAGUGUCAGGGGCCAGAGAGCAAAGUUCAGGAGGCCAGGAAGUCUUUCUUCUCUGGACAUGCAUCAUUCUCCAUGUACACCAUGCUUUACCUGGUGUUUUACCUGCAGUCUCGUUUCACUUGGCAUGGAGCUCGCCUGCUGCGCCCUCUGACUCAGUUCACCCUCAUCAUGAUGUCUUUCUACACUGGCCUGUCCCGUGUCUCUGAUCACAAGCACCACCCCACUGAUGUCCUGGCGGGUUUUGUACAGGGAGCCUUGGUGGCAUACUGCAUAGUAUUCUUUGUGUCUGAUUUGUUCAAGCCCAAAGGUAGACGUUCUACCCUGUCACCAACCCCAGUGAAGAAAGACCUUGUUCCUCCAGCAGACAUCAGAGAGCGGAGCAACCAUCUCAUCAUGGCAUAGAGGAGACUGCAAACAGUACAUAACCCUGACUUCUGUCAUUUAAAUCACUACUACAGCCACUGGUCAAUACUGGAUAAAAUAAACUCCAACAGUUGGGAUAAUGCAGACAAAUAUGGAAUCUUGAACAUCUCAGAGGCUAUGGAAAACAGUCAAGCAAGUUUUGCUUUCUCAACGGAAAUUUUCAUAUUUUUCCUCAGUCUCACCAGACAUUUUAAUGUGGAAAAGAGAGAGGACCCGGGAUAUUUGUUCCUCUUCUGUUAUGAAGAUUAUUAGAGAUUCUCCUCUGUCAAGGCCUUUCCAUGGACAAAAGUCUGAAAUCAAACAAAAUCGAGAAAUGGCAGCUGUAAAUAAAGCUGUGUGACUUUGCUCAGCUGCAUCCAACAUGGGAGCUAUACUAAUAUUCCUGCCACUCACUCACUGUGUGACUAAUACAAACAGAUCGUGACAAAAAACCAAAUUCCUUGAUUUAAUGAAGGAUGUUGUUUGGUUUUAUUACAAACAUAAGCAUUGUACGUGUGACUUAUAGCACUAAUUUAGCUAAACUCAGUACUGUUUGUCACCACUUGAAUGACCUGAAGUGAAGCUUUUGGAAAGCUUUGUAAGACUCUGUAAGCUUUUAUUAUGUCCCUAAUGUAGUGUUUCUUAGAUGGUGCACAUAAGUUACAGUAGGUGGAAAGUACAGUGAGUUGGAUAUGGGCCUCUUUCUGCUGGCUAGGAUGAGCCCCCACUGAGCCAUUUAAUGAAAUGACUGUCUGUUAUAUGUACCAGACGGGUGCUCACAAGUGUUAGGUCAGUGCGUGUGUGUGUGUGUGUGUGUGUGUGUCCGUCCCAUGCGUAUGCUUGUGUGUAUGUAUGUGUGGAGGAGGCCUUUCUGUGAGCGUGCCAAUGUGUCUUAAUGUCAUGUCUAUAUAUUUCAGUGUUUAUAGCCUACAAGUGUGCCUCUCUUCAGCCAGAGAACAGGCACCUGCUCCAACAGACACAUGUAACUUGAGACGGGAACACUGUGGGGAAAAAGCGUCAUAUACAGUACAUGUACUUUACUGUUAUUAAUCAUAGUGAUGAUUCACAUCACUGGGAAAUCCUGUGAUAUACUGUAUGCUACACAGGAAUAUAUAUAUAUAUAUAUAUAUAUGUACUUAAAAUAAAGACAAGGACUUCCUAGAGCAGUGGUUACUUACUGUAGCUUUUCAGUACCAAAGCACAAUUCAGCAAAACAGUAAAAAAGUAAACAAUUCAUUAUUUUGGCACAUUGUAACUGCUUAAUAGCUCAAGUCUUGUAAAGUAAUACAAUAGGGCUGGCAAUGAGGCUCUGCAUUAUAAUAGAUGAAAAUCAUUACAUUGGUAUACAAUUUAAAGUAAUAAUGAUGCUAAUAUGUUUGCAUGACAUUAAUGUAAUUAACUUUUUAGCAAAAAAAAAAAAUAGUACUUAAAACCACUGACUGAAAGCAUCAUCCUAACUCAGUUUUAAGUUACUGAGGCAAACUUUGAUCUGACGCUUAUAGAGAAAGUAGUUUUGUUAUGUCUUGAAAAUCUACUACGUACAGCAUCAGAAAAUUCUGCAUGCUACCAUACAUUGUACAAUACUGUAUCAUGUGUGUAUAUGUAGUAUAUCUUUGAAGAAACACCCACUAUGACUUUGUGUCGAGACCUGUGUAAAUGUAAAACAUGCUGCUUUAAAGAGGCAAAGCUUGGCAGAUGUCAUCCAGUAAAGUUGACAACUUGUGAAUAUUAAGUUUUAUGAAAAGCAAAGCUCUCAAGGCAGACAGCUUCAGUACAUUUUUAUUAAAAAAUUGCCUUUCAAUAUUUUUGUAAUGCCGUGAAAUUUUGUACAAUGAAAUUGUUAAGACGUGUCAAAGAUAAAAUUUCUUUAAUAAAACAAAAGAUCAAGA